AUCUAGCGGGCGUGGGCCAAGUUAUUCGUAGACUAGGUUUCCGGUGGUUGUAGGGUGCUGAACGAGCUGUUUUCUGAUAAAUAAUGAUGCGAGCCGCCCAGCGGGGACAUGACGCUGCCCGUGUCCAGCUAUGAGGAGCUGCUGGUGCGCGUGCGCUCGCUGCGACACGAGACCAUCCAGCUGCAGAGGGAGCUGUCCGCCUCCUCCUCGCUGCUGCUCGACCACAACGACAACGAGAGACUAGAGCUGGACCUGAACAACUCGGCGGCGCCGACGCCCGGGCUGGUGGGCGUCUCCCAGUGGGUCGGCAGCGGCGGCGUCGCGACGCUGGAUGACGUCAGCAGGGGCUGCCUCAACGGGCUGCGCGCGGCCGGCGACGGCUGGUCUACGUCCGCGUCGUCGAUGCUGCCAGAGUACCAGCAGAUGACUACGACAGAGUCACUCCUGGCGAGACUGAAUCUGAUGCCAAAGCCAGUAGGACAUUGCAACAAAGAGGGCACUAUGCAGGAGCCAAAGGAAGAAGACGAGAAGAAUGAGUCAAAGAAUGAAUUAGAAGAAGUGGAGACAGAGAGCAACUCCAGGCUGGGAGCGAGCAGGACAGAACAGCCGUCACCCGGCCAGCAGGAAGGCGAGGAACGGAGGCCGGCGCUCCCGCAUGACAGCCCGAUGUCGACGUCGGAGCCCGGCUGCGACCGGGACCGGCUGACCUCGCUGUACCACGGCACGUGGCCCGUGGAGCACGGCCUCUGGCACAGUGGGCCCAGCUCCCUGGGUGCCGGAGGCAGCGGCAACCCCAGGGUAACAGCAGAUAUAUCCAGCAUCGUAAGCUUUACAUCGUCAAAUGGCGCGGGCCCCCCCUCCGGGGCGUGUUCCCUGGAGAGCGAGCGCCGGUCGUACAGCUCCCAGCAGCUGGGCCACAAGGUGGACAUGGUGUACAACCUGCUGUCGAUGCUGCGCCACGAGCGCCAGGACAUGAGCCGCACCCUGCUCGCCAUGUCGAGCUCGCCCGAGAGCUGCGCCGCCAUGCGCCAGUCUGGCUGCCUGCCUCUGCUGGUGCAGCUGCUGCACUCGCCGGGGCAGAGUGCGGAGGUGCGGGCGCGAGCUGCACGUGCGCUGCGCAACGUAGUGCAGGCGACGCCGGAACCCGACAGGCGCGGGCGGCGCGAGGCGCGCGUGCUGCGCCUGCUGGAGCAGCUGCGCGAGUACUGCGAGACCCUGAGGGCCACACUGCAGGGGCAGCCCUCCCCACAGGACGAUGAAACAGACCACCACCCUGGUCCAGCAAUUGCAGCACUCAUGAAGCUAUCGUUUGAUGAAGAGCAUCGCCACGCCAUGUGCCACCUAGGUGGACUGCUUGCUGUUGCGGAACUCAUCCAGAUGGACCACGAGGCCCACGGUGGAGCGACAUCCGACCAGGCAUGCGUGACACUCAGGCGGUUUGCCGGAAUGGCGCUGACAAACCUGACGUUUGGCGACGGCGCCAACAAGGCCCUCCUGUGCUCGCUGCGGCCCUUCAUGAGGGCGCUCGUCGCACAGCUGGCAUCUCCCAGCGAAGACCUCCGACAGGUGACGGCAAGUGUGCUGCGCAAUUUGUCGUGGCGUGCGGACGGAGCCAGCAAGCAGGCGCUGCGUGAGGUGGGGGCAGUCCCUGCGCUCGUCCGGGCUGCUAUGGCUGGCACGAAGGAAGCGACACUCAAAUCUAUACUGUCUGCCCUCUGGAACCUGUCGGCACACUGCAGCAUGAACAAGGUUGACAUAUGUGAAGUUGAGGGUGCACUUGGAUUUUUGGUGGAUAUGUUGAGCUAUGAAGCUCCAUCAAAGACACUGGCCAUCGUCGAGAAUGCUGGCGGCAUACUACGUAACAUCUCGAGCCACAUUGCUGUGAGGGAAGACUACAGGCAAAUCCUGCGAGAGCACAACUGCCUGCAGACGCUGCUGCAGCAGCUGAAGUCGCCAUCAUUGACAGUGGUGAGCAACGCGUGCGGUGCCCUGUGGAACCUUUCGGCACACUCUGCACGCGACCAGCGCGCACUCUGGGAGCUGGGCGCCGUCGCGAUGCUGCGCUCGCUCGUACACUCCAAGCACAAGAUGAUCUCCAUGGGUUCAUCUGCUGCCCUCAAGAAUCUGCUGGCCGCACGCCCCCACCAUGAGGCGCUCUUUCCCAUGGAUGCCACAGCCAAAGGCAUGGGCCUCCCGCAACUGCCCAGCCUGUACAUCCGCAAGCAGAGGGCACUGGAGCAGGAAUUGGACCAGACGCUGGCCGAGACGUGCGAUAACAUCGAACCCAGCACGUCGCCCCCGCCCACCGGCGCGCGCUCGUUUCACUCGGACAGCGGGGCGGACCGCCUGACGAGGAGCGGCCACCGAGCCAGUAGCUUCUACCACCAGCAGCACUCUGUCAGCAGGUCCGAGAGUAAGGACUCUGUGACGAGCACCCAUUCGGACUCGGUGUUCGAACGCGCCACGCUGGGCUCGAGGGUCCCUCCGUCGACGGCUCGGCUGCUGCGCCACCGCGGCCUGUGCCCGGGCACCGUGCCCGAGGAGGACAGGGGGUCCGCCGGCAGCAGGGAGAGGCGCUCGCACUCGCUGCCACACGCCGCCAGGCUGGGCUCCGAGGAACCGAGAGGGGUCCGGCCGCUGAGCGCUGCAGGGGAGAUUCAGACUGAACCUAGGCGCAGCGAAUCUGCAUCACCAGAGAUUCGUAGCGGCUAUUCCUCUCUACGUGCGGCAACGUCUUCGGUCUCGAGCGAACGGUUCGACCGGUCAUCUACGAGUAAUACUGUCGCCACCGUAUCGACGACGACGGUCCGCUGCGAGUACGUUGCAGACGUCAGUACUACAGCGAGAAAUGGAUUGCCCACUCCAGAACUCUCGAACGCCACAGAGCCGUACCCUCAAGUCACGGCCAGACCGCCUGUCACGACAGCAGACCUCCCGCUUACAAGUGCGCGAGUUAAGGCAGGAGCAAUGUACAAGAAGAAACUGAGCAGCGUGUACGGGGAUUACGCGGAGACGGACUUGGACCAGCCGACCGACUACAGCCUGCAGUACCAGGAGGAGGAAGACGAGGAGAGCGCGGAAGCUGCUCACAGGCAGCUCCACGGGAGUGACCAGGACCGUGUAAAUUACUACAGUGACGCUGCUCACGAAGACACCUUGAAGACGUACUGCACAGAAGGGACGCCUUAUGAGACACCGUACAAUUUCUCCACUGCGACCUCCAUGUCUGAUCUGAGAUGUGAACCGCCUACCCCACAGUCGGAAAAGGUGAAGGAGGAAGAGGUGGAAGCACCACGUGCGGCAUCCGAUGAUGCCAAUGCAGCCGAGGAGGAAGUGGCUGCUGAGAGACAGCUGAAGCCCGCAGUGGAAGUGCAGGCAGAGGCGACGCCUGCCGGCUUCGUGUCACCCGAGAAGCCCGUCGCGUACUGCGAGGAGGGAACGCCCUGUUUCUCCCGCGUGAGCUCGCUCAGCUCCCUGGCCAGCCACCCUGCGGCGCCAGACGACCACAGGCACCUGGUGGGCGCCGCGGCGUCCGCCCAGGCCGCAGUGCCAACCGGACGAGCGCUGCACCCACAGGAGACGGUUGUGGAGGAGGCCAAGGAGCAGAGGGAUGGUGCUUGUGCUAACAAAGUCGUCACCUUUGCUGGAGCAGAGGAGACACCACUGAUGUUUUCUCGAUGCAGUUCUCUCGGGUCACUGAGCAGCUUCGAGCAGCAUUCGAUACACGAUGACCGCAGCUCUGUCAUAAGUGAUUUCAGCCGGAGGACGAGCGGUGCCGUAUCUCCCAGUGAGCUGCCGGACUCGCCAACACAGACGGUGCCUCCGAGCCCCGGCCCCCACCAUUCCGGGCCGGCUUCUGUCAGUGGAGUGCCUGCUAGGUCCGGCCACAGGGCCGGAGACUUCGUGGGCCGCCUUCCCGAGAGGACGCACCUGCUGCCGGCUGCCAGACACCACGGUGGCAGAUCGAACGCUCCCAAGGCAAGUGUAUUUGAAGAUGAUGUAGCGGCAUUUAAGGAGGAGGACACGCCUGUGGAGUUUUCGAGAGCAACGAGUCUUUCGUCACUGACCAUUGAUGAUGAGCCAAAGAUCUCAAAUGAUACUCUUUUGAAGGAAGUUCGUACGACACCCAGGCAGUCCCCGUCGCUGCAGGUGACGUCCGAAGAGGACGGCACGGAGAAGCAGGACCGCGAGAAGGGUACGGAGUGCGGCGAGCUGCCUCCUGUCAGCGAGGGCGAGGAGGAGGCGGACGAGGACAUGCUCAACGCCUGCAUCAGCGUGGGGAUGCCCGGCACGGGCAGGCAGCGGCACUACGACAGGCUGGGCCACCGGUCGGCCGGCCACGCGAACCGGAGCCCGGGCCGCCCCAGCGGUAUUCCGCUCAAGGUGGGAGCCGGCCCUCGCAGGCACGCCAAAGUGGUGGCUGCGCCCCAGCCGCAGAACAACUACGUAGAGCAGAUGAACGCCGGAGGUCCGUGUGAAGACACAGUGCGCACCUACUGCACCGAGGGCACUCCGGCAGCCGGUCUGUCUCACGCCGGCUCACGUUCCGACCUCUCUGUGUUGUCAUUACCGGGGACUGGCACGGGAACAGGGGACCUCUCGGACGACAACUUGUCAGCUGGCGGCGAUGACAACAUGCUGGCAGAAUGCAUCCAGUCCGGCAUGCCUAAGGCUAAGACUCCCAGCACCUCUACGGUGCUGCACCGGCCCGUGGCUGCUGCAGACACCGCCUCAGCUGCCCGGGUGGUGCCGAGGCGUGCGUCCUCGUUGUCCUCGAGGCUGCGAGUGCCACCGCCGGGGCAGGCUGCCCAGGACGAGCUCGAGACGUUUGCCACCGAGGACAGCCCGCACAACUUCUCGGUGCGCUCUUCUCUCAGCGACCUCACCACGGGCUCGGGAGAACCUGCGGUACUGUUGAAGAGGUCAGUAAGCAGUCUCUGUCCUGUAACGGGAUGGCGGCUUAGUGGCAACUUGGAACCGAAGCGAAAUGAGACCCCGUUUUCAUACAUAGUUUUCUGUUUGUUUUCCAAGUUGAUGAUGUCUCUCUUGCCUAUUAAAAGUGACCCUGUGUGCAUUAAUGUGGAUAACAAUGUUGUCAUUUCCAGACCUUCACAAGGACAUCCCGUGUUUGAGAAUGGCUGCAGCAGUAGCAGCCUACCGGUGCCCACGUUCCCGGAGGGUGCUGUGCCCCCAGCUAGGGGCACUUCUCCCAGUUCUUUGGACGCCACCACAGUGGAAGAUAACAGCUGCCAGGCUUCAGAGGAGCUCGGUGUGAGCUGCGCAUCAGCAUCAGAAGAAGUGCAGACUGUACUCAGUCGCGGGGGAUCCCUGAGUUCACUGAGUGUCGACUCCCUCGGUUCGACGGAGCCGACGCCCUCGGAGCAGGCCCUGCUGGAACAGUGCAUUAGUUCUGGAAUGCCGAAGAGCCGCGGAUCGUCCUCCCGGGCUGCUGCUUGUAGAAUUCCCCUGCCGGUGGACCGAAACAUGCAAGCACAGAAGGCAGAGGUGCUCGGCCGAACGCGGAACCACGAGCACGGCAUCGCACAGCUCGAGUCGAGAAUGGCGGUUCUGUCUCUGAGGACGGCCGACGACGACGGAAGCCGACCGCCAAAAAACGAGAGGCUGCCGCCUCCUCCUCCUGCUGCUGCCCAGACUGCGGCGGACGGCGGAGGCGGCGCAAGCACCACCACCACCGUCACCACCACGGACACGGCCACCACCGGCAGCAAGCCGACGGAGCAGCUCCUUCCUCGAGCACAUCCUCCGACUGGACCGCCGGACAGCAGCCCGAGUGUUCCUGCCGGAGGCCUCCCCGCGGGCGUCGGUAGAGUCUGCGGUGCGAGCGGUCACCCGGUAGACUACGACUCUUGCCGGACGGAAACUGGCAGUAAAAGUGGCUCGACGGCAAGUGACGAAAUGGAUAAUAGGCUUCGCGAUACGGAUACGAGGGAGACUUUGUCCGCAGGCGACAGUGGCAGUUCCGUCAAUAAGACUGACGUAGAGAUUCGACGGUGUAGAGUAGCGUAUACCGAUGACACGGACGGGGAACAACUGCCGAGUGAGGAGAGACUCGGUGGGGAUGUCUCUGUGCCGGAUGGCGUCACACCGGCAGACACUUGUACUUCGGACCUUGCACCGGUGUGUGUUGACAACAGGCUGUUAGAUGCGACAGUACGAGAGACGAGGACGGUACGUAAUGUUCCGCCGUGCCACUCGCCAGAAAUUUUUGUGGAAACUGAUAAGAAUGAACCACUUUAUGACAAUGACAUCCGAGAUAUGAAAGAUGUUACGGAAGAGCGUGAAGUCUUCAGCAGUGAAACUGAAGCCUAUUUAGUUGAAUCUCGUAUCUCUGCAGAUUGUUCAGAGGAUGUUAAGGAUUCUGCUGAUGGUAGAGUGUUUGCUGAUGAGCCCUCGUUAUUGGAGAGCGAGCUGAAGUUAAGUGUAGAAGUGCCUCACUCGACUCCGAGUCCCGAUAAGCUAAAGUGCACAGAUCGGGAGUACUUGUUAGGGGACCAGUUAGGUAUCUCUCCCAAUGACAAUGUUAUAUCACUGAAUGUUGAUGUAGACAGUAAAAAAAUAUAUGAGUUUCAGUGUGUCAAAGGCCACGUCCCAGAAAGAGCACGAGAUGUGCUAAAAGAACAGUUUGUGUCUGACGGUGACAAACUCGGUUCUGCAGAGGAGGAACACCGAGGAGUAGAUGCACAAGUGGCAGCUGUCUGUGAAAGUGCUGAAAAUAUCCUCAAUCUUGAUGUGAAAGAGGAAGACGACAGUCCUGCAGAUGGGUUUUCUGAUAGGGCUUAUGUCAGCGAACCGGAUGUCGUUAAUCUCGGAGACCUCGAUAACGCUCGGUCAGUUCUCGACGAUCUGGAUAAGGACAGAAUUCCUCGUAAUGUCGUAGACGGUGAAUCUGCAGAGCACCUGCAGGUAGCAGAAGAGGCUGACAUCAGUGACGUCAUGAUUGGCCUGCUGGACAAUUUGGAACGCGCAGAGGGUGCCGUCGGUACCCUAGGAGUCGCCGAUCUCUCUCGUACUUCAGAGGCGAAGUUGGCAUAUAAAACUGAUCUCGGUGAUGAGGCCACAAUCCAUUCAGAGAAGUUUGCAGGUGCACCUCAUGUGAGACAAGAGGUUAAGAGUUCAUUAUCGAGGUCUGAAGCUGUUGCCGCCGUAAGCGAAACGGCCGUGACACCUUACGAGAUUGUGGGUCCUCGUAGUGAAUCUAACACCGACUCACUUUCAGACGUCAGUCGGCACGACGGUGACAUUCCCGCGGCAGUCGGCGAAGAGGUACCGUGCUCGGCACGAGCUGUCGCUGCAGCUGCUCCGGCCGACGCGUCGCCGAGGAGAGGGAGACGAGACUGCAAACCGUCGAUCCAGAGGCUGCUGAGUGACAUUCAGGAGCACACCCUCGUCUCUCCUACUGACGGCUCCGGUUUACAACUCGGUCUCGAAUCCGCAGAAGCCGAUUUAGAGAUGCCGGCGAACGUAGUGCCCGACGACCGUACGUAUUCUCUGGACUCUCUCAGCCCCGACUCCAAUCUCAACAGGCCCAACAUAGCGACACCCGGCUCGUAUUCGUCAGAGUCGAAACAGAAGGAGUCUCCCUCGGGUGACAGGCUGCCGGAUUGGCCGACGGAGGAGAAUGCUGCGGCCAAGGUGGAAGGCGCCGAGUUAGCGGAAGGCGCUUUUGGCUCGGUGCGGCCCAGGCUGCCGACUGGUGACCACACGAUAUCUGAUGUCGAUUCUGUGCAGACGCCUUCGCCACUAGAUGCCGGUGGACCUUUGGGGAGGACCGGAGUUCUAGACUCGGCUAUCGUAAUGCGACAGAGCUACGGUGCUGGGGACACGUGGAACGAAGAGGUGUCACCCAAUGACGUGUCCUUCCCGAGCCUGACAGUGCCAGAAGGAAGCGAAUCGACCGAGCUCGACGCCGUACGUCCUCCGUCACUGAUGACCAGCCUCAUCUCCAUGACGACGAGCUCCGAGACCGGCGCCGCGUUGGCUGCCGAAGCGGAGGCUGUGGCGGCUGCCAUAAAUGUCACCACACAGCAGUCGGGUGGCUCAGUGCGGCAGAACCGUAAGAGGUCUCUGCCCAGUCUCAUGGUGCGGAGGGCUCUCGGCAGCCUGGAGAACUUGUCCGGGGACAACGGCUGUGUGAGUGCUUCUAGCAGCUGCACUUCGCAGCUGGACCACGUGCGGCCCCCGGCUGACAUGGAGAGCAGCAUGCUGAGCGUCGCCAGUAUCACCUCUGAGGUUGCCGAGGUGGAGGAAGAUCUACCAGACGGGGGAGCCAGCUGCAGCACUGGCGGGGAAGACCUUACGGAGUCGGGCAGCGGGGGGGGCGGAGUAGGAGGAGGUGGCGGAGGGGGGACGGCCUCUCCCGUCACUUACGGUACGACUGCCAAGCCGGCCGCACCGUCCCGGAUAGCGACGAGACAGACGCCACGGCAGAGGAGGCAGGCCGCGCGCGACCGCUACCGCACUUACACCGUCAACACGGCGGCGGCCGCCGCUGCAGAACUCCAUGCAACGGUGGCCAGUGAGACGGUGGAGGAAGCGGUGGAAGCCACCACACCCUUAGCGGAAGAGCCUCCUCCGUCAGAAAUUUCACCACCACCAGAGAAUGAAACUGGCAUUCGGACGGGUACGUACCGCAUCACACCGAAGCAGAGGAGGCAGGAGGACCGGCAGCGAUUCCAGACGCAGGUGCUGGACAAGCCGGCUGUCGCUGUCGCGUCCCCCACCACCCAGGGCCAAGAUAUCGCGAUGAGCCCACCUACGGCAGAGUCUAUUCCUGUGGUGGCGGUCACCGCCACCAGGAAACACCGCCGGUCUGCCGAGAGCCGAGACAGGUUCAGGACGCGCACUCUGGAUGGGGACAGAGACCUGAAAGCAGCUGAAGAUGCUGAAAACCACUCGCCUCCGUCAGCGGCGGACGAGCUGCUCCUGAACAGCCUGCUGGAGAGGGAGGCGCACAUCCUGGCCGAGGAGGUGGAGACGCUGCGCACGGGCGACAGCCUGCUGCUCGAGUGCGAGACGCUCAGCCUGGUCAGCAUCGACAGCGAGAACACGAGCGAGUCGGGCCACGGUGUCGAGGGCUCCAACGGGGACGAAGACGCCGAGGUGGAAGUGGAAGUGGAAGUCGGAGUGGAAGCGGGCCCUCCGCACGCGGAGCUCCUCCACCCCGUGCUCGACGACGAGGGGGAGGAGGGCGACGUGGAAGAGAAGACGCUGAGGGCGGGCGGCUGCGACACGCCGGAUCCCGACGACGUGCUCGGGCUCGGGGAUGCUGAGGAGGCGGCCGGGCACCGGCGGCAGCGGGCCGCGUCGGAAUGCGUCGCGUAUGGAGAGGCCGCGCCGGCAGAAGCGGACCUUGUAGGUGACAGUCCGGCGGUGGCGAAGGAGGAAGAGCGAGAGGAAGGGCUGUCUGAAAAUUCUGAAGACCAGAGUUUGUCAACGGACGAUGAAGAGUGUGCCCAGAAGAAACCGAGGAUUGUGAAACCUGUCACGAGGAGUCGUGACGGGAGUGCAGACGGCAGCCCGAAGCCGAUAAGAGGGCGGCGUAAACCUCUGCGUGCCGGUCGGAGUGGCAUACCUGUGACGGCUGUGGCUCCUAUCAAGGUUCCUGUCGUACAGACAGCGAAAGUGCCACAGCAGAAGCUGCAGCAGCCGAAACAACAGCAACAACAACAACAACAGCAGUCGCAGAUACCAGUCCAGCAGCUGCCUGUGGCGCCAGCGCCGCUGGAGUUGGAGCAGCAGCAACCUGACCCAUGUUUUCGACCACCGGAGCGUCAGGGAACAUUCACAAAGGACGAACCCACGGCGGUUACUGCAGCGAAGCCGACAGUGGCGCCGGCAGCUCCGCCCGAACAGAACCGAAAGAAGAGGCGGCCGGUGACAGCCGGCAGGCCGACAACGUCUGCGUCUGCAGUCACGGUCGGUGCACAGGCCGCAUCUGCACCCACCUCCGCCAAGAGGGCCGCGGCGCGGCGGGAAGCCACCAGCAAGAUCGCCGGGCUCUGGAAAAAGGCUGAAGAAUCAAAAACAAAGCAGAAACAACAGCAACAACUGCAAAAGAGGGAAGCAAGGGGAGGAGGCAGUGCCGCUUCUCACGUGGCGCAGUCUGCAACAGCGCAGAAGACGAGCUCGACUACCGGGCGAGGGAGGACCACAGCGAGAACACCGACGUCCCGGAUCCCGACAGCUGACUCGGCAGCUGCGCCGACACGUACGGAGAAGGUGGCUCGUAAAGAACUGACGUCAGCCGCCACCCGCACGGAGAGGGGAGGUCCGACCACAGGGAGAGGCACUACGGGGAUCGCCAGCUCACUGGCCAAGCCCCGGAGAGUGCGCGAGGAUCCCGCCACGACCGUGCCCGCGCAGGCACCGCACGGAGCCACCGGGCCCGGCCGACCCUUCGCUCGCCCCGCUAACCCGCGCCCGGCGUCUGCCAUCGUCCAGCCGUUCAAUUACAGCCCGCCGACGUCGCAGAUCCAGCAGCCGCCGCCCGUGAGGUCGCAGAUACCGACGUUGGUCAAGAGGGAAGAGCCACCUCUCCAACUGAACACGGCGUCGAUUCGCAUCACGACCGUGUAAAAGCUCGGCGCACCGUUUGCGGGACGGUAGAGAUUUGCGCCCUAAAGUGGUGAUACGGCAGUGGAAAUACCGUGCCUGUUCAUUUUUCUCUGCUUCAGCUACUAGGCAGAGGCAAGUGCCUCACCUAGUCUGACGACCGAGUGUUCGGCUGAUAAAACUUGAGACACUGAUUUCUGUUAUACCUGAGAACACACACACACAGUCUGGUUAACUCGGUCAAAAGACCCAAUUACGGAAUGAUUAUCAGUUUGUAGAAGUUUCCCAUAAACUGCUACAUUGCUUGCAGUGUAAAGAAAUUCUUCCACAAAAUAAUAGCCUUAAAAUACUGUGGUGCCAAUUGUAACACAUUUAUGUAAGAUAUAUACCGCAAUGCAGAGGCUUUAAAAAUGGAGUUAUUCAUUAAAUAUUUGUGGUUCAAUAUUACAGCAAUUCCUAUGCCUUUGUGCGAUGGUGAUUUUCUUUUUGCCUCGUCUUUAAAUUACGUGUAACAAAGUUCAUCUUCCAUAAAAAUAUUUAUUCUGUCAUGUGGAUGUUGCUGAAUAAUGUGGUGCAAAGCCGUGGCCACACACAACCUCAGUUUCCGAUAAUAAGACUGGUAGUCUCCAAAGUCAAGUGGUGCUUGUAGUUUGUGAAAUGUAAUGAAACUGGAUGUCCGAGCAUCUUCUUCUGCAUUUACUGCUGCUGCUGUUUUCUUUAUUUCACCAUUCGAGGAGGUACCGUCUGGGUCAAAUCUUAGUCGGUGAUCCGGGGAGUUUUAGGUACAGAUCGGGAGGUACGUGUAUGAAGUAAAGUUCUGCUGGCUUCGUAUCAGUGAUAAUGAAGCCACUGUCUUAAUUUUUUUUUUUUCCUCCUCCGAGACUUUGAGUGAGCUCAGUAGUUUGAGAACUGCUAAUUCCAGUUCCUUCAGCAUGAAGCUAACUGUUGUAUGUGCCUUGAAUCUCUUCGACGUGGAGAGAUAUCCUUGCUUGUGUACACUCACUGGCGUGUAUUUCUCAUCUGCCAGAGCUAUGUGUUUUGCUUCAGCUCUGUCCAGAGUCAUGAAUGGUAAUCCAGAACUACAUAAAAAGAAAUUUGCUACUGUUGUCACCUUUUAUUGAUGUGUUUUAACCUCAUCUUGUCUUUCACUUUUUUUUAAUUUCUGGCAGCAGAAAGAUUGAAACAAAGCAGGACGAUGCCUUAUGUUAAUAUACAUUAUAGUUACAUUUCACCUCUACACCAGUUUUUAGAAUGGCCUUGCAAAGAGAUCACACUUCUUAUAGUACCUUGUGUAAAAUUAGCCAAUGUAAUUUUUUUUUUUUUACUAUGUAGGAAGUAAGCAGAGCAUUUGUGGAGUCUCUAACAACGGAAGAAAAUUUUCGUGAUAGUACCUGUGAGUUUUGUGCCUCAGUUGUUUAGUAUACACUGAGAUAUUUCUUUUUAUAUAAUUGUAAAAAUCAAAAUGUAAUACUCAUUUAAAGAUUUUAAUUACUGUAGGAUCCAGCAACCUCCACAAAAUUCUUAUCUUCCUCCUGCAUCGCUUGACUGAUAUGUACCUGUACCUUUGUGUAGGCAUAGAUAAUUUUUGAAACUUUCAUUCCGAGUUCACUAUAAUUAUGCGCACAUGGGAAUACUCGUACACAUUAUUGUGGCCAGGGUGUUAGAACUGUGAAACUUGAAAAUGAUUUUUUUUUGCGAGUGUUGGUGGUGAAUUGUGAAAUGUGCUGUGGUAUUUGUCAGUUGUUAAGACUUGUGACAGGCAAAUGUGGAAGUCUCGACUGCACGUAGAUACUUAUCGUAUAUUGCCUGAUGCUGCAUUUUUUAUGUACAAGCUGCUUCUGAAAGUGGGUGUUUCUCUUUGGUGAGAAAUGCUUUUUCGGGUGCUUUGGUGUACAGCAAGAAAGGCUGUUAAAUUGUGUGCAGAGACCAUGUUCUUGGUGGCUUUGUGCUUUUGUGAUAUUAGGAGAUGGAGUGGUUUUCAGUGAAAAUGAUUUUUUUUUUUUUCGCCCCACUGAUAUCUGUCUGUCGGCUUUGUGCAAUUCUCUUCACCAUUUGCAAACUGCACUGUGUAAAGAUAAAAGCAUUUAUAAAGGUCUAAAACAACUGAUGUCUAAUUUAUUGUUGCAAUGUAAGUUGUGUUAAAAACUGUAGUUGUGUCUAAAGCUUGUGUAUCUUUCCUUUUUCUUCAGUCUAUCCCAGUGUAAAGUGAUUUUAUGUUAAUUCAGUAUAAAAGUAUU